GCCAUUGUGGUGGUUGGUUGGUGUACUUCAGUGACAUAGGACAUAGAUGUCCAGCUUGUGUGUUUUUUAACAAGAUUUAGGGCCGUAAUGAAUAUAUUUUUUACUAAUAUUUUAGUGGAAGUAACAACAGUGACAAUAAUGCGUGCCGAACCUUUUAUACCUGACUAAUUGGCAUUUUUGAGUCAUCACGGAUACUCCAGGGCAGUUAUUGAAUAGGCCCAACGAUGGAGGUCGCAGCCCGAGCCCUGGACGUCCUCCCACUCCUGCAGGAGCGGGUGGCGGCGCUGACCGGCGGCCGCGACCGCCGCGGAGGGCCCAUCAUAUGGUUCCCGGCCAACUCCCGGCGGGAUCGCGUCGCGCCAGAUGACUAUAGACGCCUACUGCAUUAUUUAAUCAGCAUACCUAGUGACUCUGUUAGAACUCAUGGCUUCACAAUUCUGAUAGAUAUGAGAGGUUCCGCAUGGGCAGCUAUCAAACCAAUUCUAAAAGUUCUUCAAGAACACUUUCCCUCAUCCGUCCAUCAGGCACUGGUUGUUAAACCUGACAAUUUUUGGCAGAAGCAGCGCACAACAAUAGGAGCACAUAAGUACAAGUUCGAAACAACCAUGAUUAGCUUAGAAGCACUUCCUAAAGUCAUAGAUAGUUCACAAGUAACAACAGAUUUAGAUGGUACACUUCAAUAUGAUCAUUCACAGUGGAUAGAUUUGAGACUGGCAUUAGAAGAGCUCACGUGGCAGGCUGGUGAACUAAUAGAUAGGCUAGAUGACUUGCAAGAGGACGUAGCACGAGCAGAUUUUGCGGAUGACGUAACAGGAGCUCGGCGUGCCAUAGAUGCACAUGCAGACAUAAGCAAACGUUUGGCCAAAGUUCCUGUAGACGAGCUUGAAGCACAAGGGGAGCGUGUGCUCCAGCGCCUAGAAGCCGCGGAGGCCGCAUGCGCAGAGGCGAGCGGCAGCGGCGGCGAGCCGGUCGCCUUCCACUGCGGUUCGCCGAGCGCCGUACGCUCUCAGCUCGCGAGCGUUCGCUCCGCACACGCGCACGCGCACAAACUGUGGCAGCACAAGAAGAUGCAACUAGACCAGUGCUUCCAGCUGCGGCUGUUUGAACAGGACUGCGAGAAGAUGCUCGAGUGGAUUGUAAAUCAUCGGACGGCAUUUCUAUCUACCUACGUCGAAAUAGGCAGGUCGUGCGCCGCCGCAAAACGUCUGCAAGAAGAACAUGCAAGGUUUGCAGCCGCUUGCACUGGUGGUGGAAGGCCGAGCGUAGCUCGUGUGACGACCGCUGCUCGCCGCUUAGCUGAUAAGCGGCAUUACGCUGAAGCCCAUAUUACUGCGCUUGCACAUCGUCUUGAGCGCGCUUAUAAACAACUCUCCGCCGGUCUGGAGGAACGUUCAGCCGUGUUAUCCUUAUCAGUGGUAUUCCACCACAAGGCGGAAGCGUACGCAUCAGCGGUGGGCGGUUGGGGCGCUCAGUGCGCGGUCGCCUUACAACUAGCCACAGGCCAAGGCGGCGCGCCCUGCAGCGACCCAAGGGCCUUAGAGCAGCACGCCCAAAGACAUCGCCAGUUGUACGAGCACAUGUGCCAGGCGUAUACAGAGGUCCAUUCAACUAGUAAAAAGCUCCUGUACCAACUAGAUCAUUUAGUUCAAGUGUGCCAUCAAACUGACCCUGCAGAUAUGCAGAGCGAUGGAUCCGUGAGUACGGCGGGCAGUAGCGGGGGCGAUCCGGCCGCGGACUACAGUUCGGGCGCCAACCACGUGCUGGCCGUCAUCCACCAGAUCCUGGGCCACCACCGGGCUUUGGAGGCACGCUACCACCAGGCCCGCCUCAAGCUGCAUCAGAGGCUCGCGCUGCUGCUGUACAAGGAGGAUUGUAGGCAGGUGCUCGAUUGGCUGGCAAACCACGGGGAAGUGUUUUUACAAAAAAAUACGGGUGUAGGAAGGAAUCUCCAUAAAGCAAGAGUUUAUCAAAAAUCGCACGAACAUUUUGAAAAUGUUGCUCAAAACACAUACACGAACGCAGAAAAGCUACUGGCGGCCGCGGAAGAGUUGGCUCGCUCCGGUGAAUGUGAUCCUGAAGAGGUUCUCGGAGUAGCGCGAGACUUGGAGGCUCAUGUGGCCGCCUUCGCUGCUAGAGUGGACAGACGCCGGCGACGGCUCGACCUCGCCGUGCUGCUGUACACGCACGAGAAGGAGUUGGUUCAAUGGUUGGAUACAUUGCGAAGUGGCGGCGGCGUUUGCGCAGCCGACGACACUCCCGAAGCGGCGCGACGUGCCUUAGAACAAUGUGCUCAGCAUCGCGCCGCUAGUCUGGACGCUUGUGCAGCUACUAUUGCGCAGGGGGAAGCACUGCUCCAAGACCUAAGAUCGUCAGGCGACUCGGAUGCGACCAGCACAGCUGCCGUGGAGACGACCCUCGAGCGGCUGCGCGGCACCCGCGGCGCACUCGAGGAACUCUGGUCCGACCGGGAGCGCCGGCUCGAACUCACGCUGCAGCUCAGGCACUUUGAGCGAGACGCACUUGAGGUGUCAUCUCGUCUGGAGCUUUGGGGUGACGAAUUGCAGCGGACGGAGCCUCCCCGCGACCCCCAACAAGCCGAACAAGCGCUCGCGGCGCACAACGAGAGCGUCGCCAGAAUGCAACAUGCCACCUAUCAGGUCGUCCAACAAGGCCAGGAGCUGGCGGCCGCGAUAGCCGAAGCGUCGGACGUGAUGGCCUCCAGCAACUCGGACGGGUCGGAGCCAGCGCCGCUCGACGCGCAGGCGCGCGUGCAACUUCUGCUCGAGUUCCUGCACGACAGGCAGCUGGAUCUGGAAGAACUGGCUGAGGAGAGGCGAGCCCGGUUCGAACAAUGCGUGCAGCUCGGUCAAUUUCAAAAGGACGCGGCUCAAGUGGUCAGUUGGAUCCGCAACGGCGAAGCGAUGCUGGCGGCAUCGUUCUCCAUUCCCGGCACUCUGGCUGAAGCGGAGCAACUGAAGCGAGAGCAUGACCAGUUCCAGGUGGCCGUGGAGAAGACCCACGCGAGCGCCGUGCAAGUCAAGUAUCGAGCCGAUGCGCUGCGAGCCGCCAACCACUACGAUCCGCACACGAUAAGAGAAAUUUCCGAAGAGGUGACCGAGCGUUGGCAACGGCUCGUCACUUGCGCCGAGGAGCGCCACAAGCUGGUGACCGCCUCGCUCAACUUCUACAAGACCGCGGAGCAAGUGUGUUCCGUGCUGGACUCGCUGGAGCGCGAGUACCGGCGCGACGAGGACUGGUGCGGGUCCGCCGCGGCGCCAUCUGCCGACGAGCCCGCUCAGGCCCCCGCCCUGGACAAGGCUGCCCAGGUGGCAGCACUGAUAGUGAAGCAUGGCGAGCAGAAGGAAGCAUUUUUAAAGGCGUGCACAUUAGCGCGUCGUACUGCCGAGACAUUCCUGAAGUACGCGGCGCGAUCGGCGCAAGUGCACGGACAAACCGCGGCCGCUAGUAAGGCACACCACGAGCAAACCCGGGCCAUACUCGACACUCUACUAGCUCAAGAGAAUAAGGUUUUGGAGCAUUGGACAGUGCGUAAGAAGCGUCUCGAGCAGUGUCAACAAUUCGCGUUGUUCGAGCGAUCCGCCCGCGCGGCCGUAGAAUGGAUCCGCGAGACGCAGGAGCGGUGCGGCGCCGCAGCGGCGGCCGCGGCGGCGGGUGUGGCGCGGGAGAGCCGCGAACGCGUGCGGUUGUUGGCGCAACUGGCUGAUGGGCUCGUGGAAAAGGGGCAUCCCCACGCCGUACAGAUCAAGGAGUGGGUUGCCGCUGUCGAUGCAAGAUAUGCAGAGUUCAGCGGUUCUAUGGAAGGCGGUGAGAGCGAGCCGGAGAGCGACAGCGGCGCGGCCACAUCGCUGGCGUCUUCGCAGGCGGGCGAACAAGACUCGCGUUCAGAUGUGCCGCCGCCCGCCGCCGGCGACGAUAAGAGGAGAAGCGCGCGGCGUAAAGAGUUCAUAAUGGCCGAGUUGCUUCAAACCGAGCGCGCGUAUGUCAAAGAUCUGGAGACCUGCAUUACUUGUUAUCUUCGCGAGAUGCGAACGGACCCUGGCGGGGUGCCGUCUGCGCUACAAGGAAAGGAGGAGAUGAUAUUUGGCAACAUAGAGGAGAUCCAUCGGUUUCACGAGCGCGUAUUCUUGCGCGAGCUAGACAAGUACGAGUCGAUGCCGGAAGAUGUGGGACAUUGUUUCGUGACGUGGGCACGCGAGUUCGAUAUGUACGUCGCGUACUGUCGCAACAAGCCCGACAGCAACGCGGUGGUCGUGCAGCACGCCGGUGACUAUUUCGAGAGGGUGCAACGCAAGAAGAAAUUAGAGCAUCCAUUAGCAGCAUACUUGAUCAAACCAGUACAGCGAAUCACCAAAUACCAGCUGCUACUAAAAGACCUUCAAGCUUGCUGCGCCGAAGGACAAGGCGAAAUCAAGGACGGCUUGGAGGUUAUGCUGUCAGUGCCAAAGAAGGCAAAUGACGCGAUGCACCUCUCUUUGCUGGAGGGGUGCGACGUGCCCGCCGACAGCUUGGGCGAGGUGGUGCUGCAGGACUCGUUCCACGUUUGGGACCUGCGCCAGAUUAUCAAGAAGGGCCGCGAGCGACGCGUCUUCCUCUUCGACCUGCAUUUGCUACUCGCCAAGGAGGUCAAAGACUCACACGGGAAGGCCAAAUACAUCUACAAAACUAAAUUUAUGACGUCAGAACUGGGAGUGACCGAACACAUAGAGGGCGAUGAGUGUAAAUUCUCGGUAUGGACCGGGCGAGAGCCCAUGGCGAGCGACUGUCGGAUAGUUUUGAAAGCGCCUUCCCUAGAAGUAAAACAGACCUGGGUCCGCCGCCUGAGGGAAGUCAUACAGGAAACGUACUUCAGUGGCGCGUUACAGCAGCCGCCGCGGAGUCCGGCCCGCGUGCGGCCCACUAGCUCGCAACGAUCCAGCAGGGACUUGGACGACACGGUACUAGACGAAACCACAGAGAACUUAGACCGCAAUUCUCUAGCGUCUUUUGGAAGCGGCAACACCACCGAUUCCGACAAGCAAGCGGAGAUGACUUGGGUGGUGGCGGAGCACCAGGCGGGCGGAGCGGGAGAGCUGUCAGUUGCGAAAGGGCAGCAGGUGGAGGUGGUAGAACCGUGGGCCGGGCGUGCAGACUGGUGGGUGGUGCGCGCGCCCGGCGAGCCCGCGCAGGAGGGCGCGGUGCCAGCGCAUGUGCUCAAGCCGCAGCCGCAGCCCAAAACCUCGCCCUCGCGCCGACCCUUAAGCCAGCCCUGCGACGAAGCAUUAGACGCUUCGAAUUCUGACCCCGGCGGAAGCGUCAGCGCUGCCAGCCCGGGGAAGCAGCGGCGAGGCUUUAGCGGGAGGCGAUGGCUAGGGCUCCGCAAGCCAUCGCAAGGCAAGGAGAAGGCACCUAGCGGUGCACAAUCACCAGCCACGGCGGAAAAGCCUGCACCGCUCAAGAAGAUGCCCUCUGAUAGAAAACUUAAGUUGCCGUACGCUGCUGAAACGGGGCGCGCCGAAGAUGGUGCCAACGCGAGUGCGGGUGAGGCCAGCAAUGCCGCCGCCCUCGACGAGGUUGAGGACGACGCUGCCGACGUCGAGUUACCGCCGCCCAUGAAGCCCAUACAGGACCCCCAAGCUGUUUUGCAAGCUCCCGCCCAGCCGGCCACAACGUCGAUUCCGUCUCGGGCCUCAUUAUCUCUCGAAGCAUUGGACAGUAACGGUGGUCCCGCUGAUAUCGCGGAAAUAGAACAGAUCGUUAUGGAGAAAAUGCACUUGCACAACCACCAGGAACAGCACGGGUCGGCGCAGGCCCGGGGCGGUGGCGAGGAGCCGGGCACACCGCCGCCCGCCACUGACUCUAUCGAGGCCAUCCUCAAGAAGCGCGAAUACGUGCUGCGGGAACUGGUCGACACCGAAGACAUAUACGUGAGCGACCUGCGCCUGGUCUGCGAGGGAUAUAUUCGCCAUUUCCAGGACGCUAAUCCUGACCCGCCGAUACCGGAAGGCUUGCGGGACCGCCGUCACCGCAUGAUAUUUGGCAACAUCGAAGCCAUCUACGAAUGGCAUCGAGACAAGUUCGUGCGCGACCUACACGAAUGCGUGGCAGCGCCGGAGCUGCUGGGGCCGCUGUUCCACCGCUUCCUGGAGAAGAGGAUGUUCCUCUACGAGGCGUACUGUCGCAACAAGCCCGUCUCCGAGUACAUUGUCUCGGAGCACGACCACUACUUCCAGGAGUUGCGACACAAACUCGGCCAUAAGCUCCAGCUCGGCGAUUUGCUCAUAAAGCCAAUCCAGAGAAUUCAAAAGUACCAUUUGUUGGUGAAGAAGAUUCUCUCUUACUCGGAACUGGCCAAGGCGCCGCCAGAGGUGAUCGUGGCUCUGCGCGACGCUGUACACUACACAGACAUAAUUCCAAAGAACGCAAAUAUGAUGAUGGACGUCGGGCGCCUACAGGGGUUCACGGGUAACAUCACGGCGCAAGGCAAGCUUUUAAUGCAGGAGGCGCUUGUUGUAGCAGAGUCUACAGGCGGCAACGACAAGGGCAAAGAGUUGCACGUGUUUUUGUUCGAACAAUGCGUGAUAUUCAGCGAGGCGGUCGGCAAGAAGAGCCAGUUUACCAGCCCUACCUAUAACUAUAAGGCGCAUGUGCAGAUGAACAAAAUGGAGUUCGAAGAGGUGGAAGGGAAGGAUGCGUUCAUAAUCCACUCGGUGGACCCCAACAAGCCGCGCCAAUCGUUCGUUUGCCGCGCUUCCGACCCGCGUCGUAAGGGCGUGUGGGCAGCCACGCUGGCCAGCAUUCUGCAGUCCCAGCGGAUGUUCGGCGAGGCGUUGGAGAACCCCGGCGCUUACCUCAGGGAACUGCACUCGCACUCGUCUAUGGGUGAGGGUUGGUGCGGUCUGCGUAAAACGGAAAGCGUGCCUCCAUCGCUGGGCGCCCGGCUCGCGCCCGAGCUCCGGCGGACGCAGAGGCCGCACGCUAAAGCGAACACAAUCAACCUGCCAACCACGGCCAUCCGCUCCGACGACAGGAAGAAACCUAACGCGGCAGUGAGCCCCACCUCACCGCCGCACGCCAACGGCUUGUCGAAGCGGCCGUGGGGGUUGAAGCUGCGGCGCGGUGGCAGCGGCGGCGGCGGCGAGCCCAGCUCUGAGGGUGUAGUGACGGAGCUCCGGCCGCCCGAGCUCUCCGAGCCCGCCACCGACGUCACCGCCGCGCCCGGCGGCUCGGCCACGCUCGCCUGCCGUGCAAUUGCGGCGCGCGCCUCUUGUGCCUGGCGCAAGACUGCACCGGAAACACGAGCGCUACGCCACGGUGGAAGAUUCGCCAUCUCACUCACUCCAGAUGGCCAUGCCACGCUCACGAUACACGCGUGUCGGGCCUCCGACGCCGGCGUGUACUGCUGUCUAAUCACCAACGAGUUGGGAGGUGUGCAAACAUCCGCGAGAUUGACCGUAGGCGCAGGCGGAACCCCGGGCGUGCCGGCGGUCCGAGCGCACCCCGGCGGCGGUUUGGUCGUUCAAUGGGACGAGCCGUCGCCUGCGCACCUGGAAUAUUGCCGAGUGGGGGAGGGGGAAUGGCGUCGAGCCACGGAGACCCCUGCGGCGGCGAACACACUGGCCUUGGAGGAGCUGCCGGCGGGGCAGUACAGUUUCCGGUUGGUGUGCGGGCGCAGCGGAGCGGCGGGCGCGGCGUCAGGCGCGGCGGCGUGCGGUGGCGGCGGCGGCUGGCAGCGCGAGCAGUUCGCCCGCCGGUACAGCGUUGAAGAGGAAAUUGGUCGCGGCAGAACGGCGCGCGUUUUCGCUGCACGCGACACCGGCACCGGACAACGAGUAGCUUUAAAACAGGUGUCAGCGGGUCGCGGUGCGGACGCGGUGCGCGAGUACCGUAUCUUAUCGCAAUGGGCGCAUGGCUCCAUAGUGCGCGCUCUGGCUUUGUUCAGCGAAGUGCCUCGGGCCGGCGGACAUACAUUAGUACUGGAAUUAGUCGGGGGAGGGGGGCUAUUAGAAUGGGCGGCGAACACACCAGCGCUGUACACGCAACAGACGGUGGCUAGACACGCGCGUCAGCUGCUGUCAGCGCUGCAUUGGCUGCACACUCACCACGUGGCCCAUCUCGACGUGCGGCCGGAGAACAUCCUAGUGGAGUUAGGCGGUGCCCAGUCUCAGUUGAAGCUGAUCGACCUCGGGUCGGCGGUGGAGGCGGGGGAAGGGGAAAGCGCUGGACCUUCUGCGAGGGAGGUUCUACCGCCUGCCCCAGCUCAGCUCGAGUUUGCACCGCCCGAGUGCGUGCUGGGCCGCCCGCCCGCCCCCACCUGGGACGCUUGGGCUGCAGGCGUCUUCCUAUACGUGUUCCUCACUGGGCUUUCGCCGUUCCUAGACGAGUCGAUAGAGGAGACGACGGCGAACAUAAUAAAGUGCGACUACUGCUUCCCGCCGGAGCACUGGAGCGGAGUCGACGAGCGAGCGCAGCUCAUGAUACGCGGUCUACUCGACCCCGCGCCCGCUGCGAGACUGACGCCCAGCGCCGCGCUCAACGACGCGUGGCUGGACCAGGCGCCCGCAACACCACUAUCGGCGACCCAGCUAAAGACGUUCCUAGAUCGACGACGGCCGUCCGGGCAUGGCAAUGCGUUACACUCGCUGCGUUCACCAAACGAUACCUGAGACGCGCGCGACGCCCGCCUUCAUGCGAGACGACCGCCGUCCGCCGCGGCCGCGCCACGACUGACGUAACCGCUCCUCCAGACUCUUGCCAAGCGUCCGCGCGCGCUAGACUCGGGAGUCAGGAUCACCGACCGUUGCCAAAUUUCGCCGAAUCGAUGAGCACUCGUCUGAUGAACAACUAGACUUGGCGAGAAUCUGGCAGGCGCUCGGCAUUGCUUCAUAUGCACGCCAAGCUGCGAUCAUUCGGAAUUUAGUAAGUUUCCGCGAGAUUAUCACAGUAGGUUACUCUACAGCCAUUCUUCUAUAUAAUAAUAAGAUACUUGGAUAUCUCAUAUUUUAUCCAUAAUGUACGUUAAAAUAGUUUUAUACGAAAAAUUAAAUCCGAAUGAUCGCAGCGACGUCGCGUUUUGAAUGGAAACCCUCAUUCAAAUGUAACCAAUUCUAUUAAAACUCACGUUUAAGAUUUUUAUGUGCAUUAAGGAACAAAGGCGCCAGCCAAAUGUAGAUCUUACUAUACAUUCGUGAACUCAACUUAGGUUUAUGUUUUUUCUAGCUGUAGUGUACUUGAAAUAUUCUAUAGUCAAUGUGCCCACCUGUCGAGUUCGAUAUUUUAGUUUGUGACAUCACUUCGCAGCGAGUAUUGAUUCACCUCGUGGCUUGUUCUCCACAUCGACUAGUCGAUGAUUUUUUAUAUUCGAGUCUAUUUAUAGUGUUUAAUGAAUACUUAAAAGCUUUGUAUUUUUUGAGUCACUCAGAUUAAGCUUUUAAAGUCAUUUGCAUGCAGUAUUCAAAAUUAAUUUUAACGAUAACACGCGGGAUUACAUCAUUUGGAGCAACACGUGAUGUAUAAAAGAUAUGUACGGAGAGUUUAAGAGCGGCCGAUUAUAAGGAAAGUAAAGUGUCUGUGAUUUAUACUAAAAUAAUAUUUCAUGCUUAUUCCUAAUUUAACGUAUGUACUUGUUAAAUACUAUGAAAUUUGUAUAUAGAAUUAAGUAUUACUAUGUAACAUAUAUUUUGUCCUUGACUGUGGCAAAUGCAAAAUUUUAACUAUGUAUUCGAGGGGAAAUGAAUUGGUGUACUUGACAUGUUAGUACGUGUAACUUGCGGCAGCGAAGUGGCUAGCCGACGGCACCCAGCAUUGCUCACCAGCUGAGAUUAUGUAUCGACGAAUGAACUAAGCUAUGCUGACUGACUGAUGAUCAGGGUCUAAUGAUACUCAGAGUCAUAGAGGUAUAAGAGUAGAGUAGGGGAAAUAUAAACUCUACUACAAGUGGAAGUGUCCCUCUAAUUGAAAGAGGAAGAAGAUGAGAGACUGCUAACUUUUCUCUUUAAUCGCGUAUGCGCAUUGGCUACCUUAAGCAUCUUACUAUUUCGAUGUGAUGUCAUUGGAUGCCAUGCGUCACAAGAGAGAGAGAUAGCUAGCGGUCUCUCAUCUUCCUUCUCUUUCUACUAGACGGACACUUUUAGAACCGCCCUCCCCACUCUAUUCUUAUACCUCUAUGCUCAGAGACGCCAAAUUUAAUGCCAUUUUAAGUCACGUCUUGUCUAACUCUAUUGUCGUGGCAAAGAAAGCGACAGCAAUAACUUUAAUCAAACUUAAAAUGCUGACUUGCUUGAUUGGCUGACGACGCUAGAGUACAGCUGUAAAUCUACAUAAAGAUUACAUAAAGACAGCCUGCUUAACUGCAAUUUAUAAUGGCCAUUGAUGUCAGCCAGUCGACGUGCCUCUAUAGACAGAUCUAUUUUUAAGAAAUAUUUAAUCCUUUAGUUUUUAUUGAGCGAAAUUGUUUAUCGUUGCCUUUCCAUGCGAAGUCUAAGUGUAUGUAAUAAAAUAAUGUACGAGUAUGUAAGCAUCACAAGAACGAAUCAUGAUCACAUUUUUUUAAAUCCUCUAACAUAAUCGUGAUAAAUAUUAAUGUAUUUUUCACAACAAUCCGCCUUCUUCAUAUUAUUCUUUUAUUUAACAAUUAAUCUUCUAUUUUGUUUAGUUUCUCUUCCAUGGUUUUAUGUUUACUUUUAUAUUAUUUUACUUGUGAAAAUAUUUUUUAUCAGUUCUCUUAACUGCUAUUAUUUACAUUUUACCUCUUUUAUUUUGUAGUUCAAACAGAACUUUUUAUUAAUAUGCAGUAAAUAUGCAAUGCAUUUUUACUAUCAAGUUAUAUUAUUUCAUAAAAUAAUUUUUAUCUAUAUAUAUUCCUGCAACCUAAAUGUAUAAAUAUUUUUAACAUAUUUACUCUCAGCGAGCUAUGCCAGUGUCACUUCUAGGUACCAAGUUAUGUAAGUACUGAUGUAAUUAUAUAAUUUUGCGAAUA